AUGAAGGAUUUUUUCGAAUCUGUACAGUUCUAUGUUCCUCUCACACCGGAUUUCUUCGUUCCUGGUGCGGAAUACGAAAAACCGUUGGGUGCUUCCCAGGGAAGUGAAAAAUUGCGUGGACAGAGUCGUAAAGCGAUGCAAGAGGUGGAUAUCCGUGGGGUGUUGGAGGGUAUAAAGACUAUUAUCAAUCCGGAAAUGGUCGCGAAAAUGAAGGCCGUUUAUCAAUUCACACUUAAAUCAGGUAAAAGUUCAGUUUUUUUUUUUGGAUAA